AUGGCGUCCCUAGUCACUCAGCUUCACCCUCAAUCCAGUAAGAUUCCUCAUUAUACGACGACAUAUCCAUUUAUCGCACCUUCUAAAUUCCAUGACUCGCUGGAAGGCAAGGUUGUCUUGAUCACAGGCGCAGGUAAAGGUAUCGGAAGGGCAUCCGCUCUAGCUUUCGCAGCAGCUGGAGCGCGUGUUGCUUGCGUUGCUCGCACAAAGUCAGACCUUGAUAGUCUAGUGGCGCAAAUCGAAAAGCAAUCCUCUCAUGAUGCUGCAGCUAGCGGUGCCCAAGAGAACGAAACCUUCAAACUUGCUCCCAGGGCUAUUGCAAUCCCAGGAGACGUGACAGAUCCAUGGGUUGCUCCUUUUGCAGUCAAUAAAACAAGGGAGCAACUAGGGCCGGUGGAUAUCUUGAUCAAUAGUGCAGGGAUAUCGCAUAUCUCCGAUCUUGAACAUGAAGUUGAUAUCGAGGAGCAUUGGAAAGUGAUGGAGACGACUAUGCUCGGUACAAUGGCUUUUACCCAGGCUGUACUCAAGGACGGUAGCUCUACCAAAGGCAUGCUGACUCGCCUUUCCGGCACCAUCAUCAACGUCGUCUCGGCGAUUGGAGGCACCUUGACGCUGCCAUAUUUCUCAGCUUAUAGCGCCGCAAAAGCGGCGCAGUCGCAAUAUUCCAAGUGUAUUCACCUUGAAUUGAAGGACAAGGACAUUAAAGUGUUUGCGGUCCAUCCCUGCAUGAGUCAUGAGACUAGUAUCGGGGUCGGUGCGGUGAACGAGAAGGCAGUGAAAAAGAAUCCCGAGCUGCAAAAAUGGCUACAGGAAGAUUUUCUGCCCGUCAAUUCUGAUAGAGCGGUGUUGCCCGCAGACACAUUUGUUGCACUCGCGAGCCUGUCAGAGGCGAAAAUUCUGUGCGGAAGGUUUUUGGAUGCAACUUAUGAUUUGGAGAAGCAAAUCAGUCUUGCCAGUGCAGAAUCAGAGACCGUUGGUGCUGCAGAGUAUGAGGAGUAG